CCUGUGUCCGCCGUCCGUCCCUAGAAACAGCGCGAGUUUAGUUAGCAACCAAUAUGGCGGCUGUCAACCUCCUCCAUACGAGAAGCCAGAUUCAACUAGGAAAAUGAGUGAAUUAGAAAGACGCCCGGUGGCUGUCACCGCUGCGUUCAACUCGCAGCUAAAAUCGUUAUGCAUUAAAGAAUUCCCAUGCGGAUUUGGUCAAUGGCGUGUGCCAUCAGAUACAAUAUAUGGUACUACCGUUAAAUCAAUGACAUCUCCUGGUGUGAUUACAUCUACAGUACCAGAGCCUACAGCAUGUUAUGAGACAGUGGAAGACCUUCAAGAACUAGCAAUAAAGACACCAUACAAUGUCGACUGCACCUGGAGCAGUGAGGCAACUACCCUUAGAGAAAUUGCUGUCAAGAAUCCAGAGAAACUUACAAAUAGCUUUGUGUUGAGCCACUUUAAAUCCCUCAGAAUAGUUGACAAAAAGGUGACAGAAAUUGAUGAAGGAUUGUUGAACUUCAAAAACUUACAACAACUAACCCUCAGUGCAAACCUUAUAUCUCUUGUGGACUCCCAAAGACUGCCAAAAUGCUUGAAGGAACUUGAGUUAUCAGCAAAUAAGAUCUCAGAUAUCAGCUCACUGUGCCGGAAUCCUCCUCCUCUUAUCCACCUUGGCCUUGGCUAUAACCAGAUCACCUCCAUCUCUGGACACAUGACCCCUUUGGCAUGGCGCCAUCUUCUGUCCCUUGAUCUGAGUUGUAACAACUUGCCUGACCUUUACAGUACUAUAAACACUCUGAAAACUUUGCCAAAACUUCGCAACUUAGUAAUGCAGGGAAACCCAUUAGCGCUUGUCCCUGGUUAUCGUGGAUAUGUGAUUGACUCAAUUCGUGCCCUGACCAUACUUGAUGAUACAAGAAUAUCUGCUGAUGAAAAGCACUACUUCAAGGGACUCUCCAAACUUAGAGAUAUUCCUAUGGAUGAAGCAAGACUUACAAUAGCCAUCAGCGUUAUUCAAGGAGUAAAAAUGCCCCCAGAAAUUGAGGAUCCUGAGUCCAACACGGAGUAUCCCAAGAUUGAGCAUCGAUACCAUGUGGAGUUCAAGUUUCUUGAACUUCCCCAUGUAGUACGCAGUGCCUCUCCAGUUCCCUCCAUUCCAACCAUCUCCAUUACAAGCCCAGAGGAAGAGGAGGGUGCGACUGAACCAUAUGUGGACCAGGAAGACUUGGAGGUGAAAGAGAACAUCCAAACAGAUGCCUUGAAGCUGAAUGCUACAGAUGGGCACACAUGGACAGAAGAACCUAUCGAAAUCAACUACUCCAAUGAUUUCCACACCAGAAAGCUUUCUAAGCUUCGUGACUUCUUACAGCAGGGCAUUGAGUUUUCUAUCGUUGAAUCAAGGUUGUCAUUUGUGUUGGAGGACCCCAACGCCCCACCCCUAGGGGAGGACGAGCCAUCUUCAGGAAAAGGUCGACCUGACAGUAAAGCUGAUAAAGGCGGGAAAAAGAGCGGCAAAAAGGAGGAGAAAAGAAAAGACUCUGCAAAGGCCAAGGGCAAAGACGGUAAGAAAGGCAAAGGCAAGCAGGAGGAAAUGGAAUUGUUUGAGCUGCCACGAACGCACCGACUCCUGGGCUCGUGUCACGUGUCCCUCGCAUCUUUAUUAGAUGGAGAAUUCGAGAUCUCAGCUGACUGUAUAUGCCAGGGAGAGAAAGAAGAUGCAGGCCAGGAUAAUGAAGAAGCUAAGAAGGCAGAUGGUGCGGACAAGAAAAAAACUGGCAAAGAACACAGUGAGAAGGCUAGCAAAGGUGGCCAAAAACCCAACACCGACUCCAAGAAAGGCGGUAAGGAUGCACGUGGGAAAUCAGCUGUAAAGGGAGGCAAGGAACUCAAAGGCAAGGGAAAAACAAAAGAGGAGAACAUCACGGAGGAAGACGAUGAACCCCCACCCCCUCCCCCUCUGGCCACGUUUGUCAAGAUCACGCUUCACCGAUGGAAAUCUGCAAAAGAAGCGACACUUGCUCAGGAUGGUUGCGCUGUGGAAGCACACUGAACCGGGUCUAGUGAUGAGAGUGAUGAUCCAAACCAGGGAAAAAACGUUGCGGGGACUUCACUGUAGUUUAUUCAAUGUACAUAUAUGUAAUAAUAUCUUUGUAAAUAAAUUAGAGAUGGAUUA